CGGUUCACCUCGUAACAGUGGCCCGCACUGCUCUGUCUCCCGCGGCGGACGUAUCGAUAGAGUACAACGAUGCUGAACAUGCUCGAGCCACUCCUUGACAUCCCGACGGUCUACUACGGGGCGCUGGUGGGCAUUGGAUUCUGCGUGUAUUACCUUUUCGAAGUUGUCAAAACGCCGAUGCUGGUAUGCGCGAACGGGCCGUUCCGAUCAUUCCUCGAGGAGCAUGUACCACUCGUUAGAAACAAAUUUUGGCCGACCUUAUGGUGCUUCGAAUCGAGAGCGCAGACCAUUAUGGCGAGUAUUCUUAGGUCGCGGAUAUUGCCGCCUAUUGUUUAUCGCAGAGAAAUUCUGACAUUGUCGGAUGGAGGUGAAGUGGCCCUGGACUGGGCGGAGGAAGGAUCCUCCGUGACUUCGCCGAUCGUGAUCAUAUUGCCGGGACUGACCGGCGCGAGUCAAGCGGAAUACAUCAAGUGCCUUGUCUCGGCCGCGAAGAAAGUCGGCAUACGAUGCAUGAUUUUCAAUAACAGAGGCCUGGGUGGUGUGGAAUUGAAGACUCCACGAACGUAUUGCGCUGCGAACAGCGACGAUCUGUCCGAAGUCGUCGAUCAUGUGAGAAAACUUUAUCCCCAUGUGCCAGUUGGAGCGACAGGAAUAUCGAUGGGAGGAUUAAUAUUAGGUAAUUAUUUAGCACAACAAGGAACAAUGGCAAGGAACAAACUAAAAGGAUGUUUCUUAAUCUCUGUACCGUGGAACGUAUUCGCCGCGACGAAAAACACGGAGGAGAAUUAUUUCAAUUUAAUGAUGAAUAAAUAUUUGGCUGGCACCUUACGUAAAAAUAUACAGCGGUUACAUUAUGCAACGGAGGCUGGAUUCUUCGAUGUGGACAUAGAGACUCUUCUUAAAAGUCAAACCGUGCGUGAAUUUGAUUCGCACUUCACGGUGAAACAAUUUGGCUACAGAGACGUGGAGGAGUACUAUUCUAAUGCAACCAUACAUGAUAAAUUGCACUUGAUUGAUGUGCCGUUAUUAUGCCUUAGCGCUGCUGAUGACCCAUUUCAACCAGUUCAAGCAAUUCCACUGAAGGAAAUAUCAGAAACCAAAAAGGUAGCUGUUGUGGUGACAUCGCGUGGCGGCCAUAUUGGUUUCUUGGAAGGUGUGUGGCCAGUCAAAGAGGAACAGUACAUGGGCAAACUGUUCUCACAGUUCUUCACCGCAUUGUUUACUACCGGUGUAGAUCACCAAAUGUUGUGACGAACUUAUGAAUUAAAAUUCAAAAUCAUCCACGAUAAUCGGUAUCAAAAUGUGUUAUUUACAUUUUGCCAUUACGCAAAGAGCAAGGAACGAUCACGUUCCAUGAUUAAUUACAU